UCGCGACUCGGCUCUCCCAAUUGACAAAAGCACUGCCCUACUGCUGCCAUAGCUCUGUCUCCUCCUUUCUCUCUGUGGAAACCAAGCACCAUGCCGUCUCCACAAUCCUUGACCACCACGGCAACCAUGCUCCGCCACCGGCUCUUCUCUCGUGCCGGGUCCACAGCUGCCGGACCUAGCCGAUGGGCGACGCCGGGCCACGAGGAGCAGCCUAAGGGAUACCUCUUCAAUCGGACUCCGCCUCCGCCCGGUCAAUCGCGUAAAUGGGAGGAUUGGGAGCUUCCCUGCUACAUUACAAGCUUCCUCACUAUCGUGAUCCUCGGCGUCGGCCUUAACGCCAAGCCUGAUCUCACGAUCGAGACCUGGGCGCAUAAGAAAGCUCUCGAGCGCCUAGAGAUGGAGAAGCUCCCCCCUACUGAGUCCGAGUAAACGGUGAACUAGUCUCGUGAAUCUGAUGUAGCGGUGAUCUGGGGUAUGCCUUUGCUUCUGGGUUGGAAAUCUUGUUGAUUGGUUUCUUUUUGAUAUGAUGAUGAUGAUGGGUUUAGAUGUUUUCUGUUGAACUUCACCUCUUAUGUUGAUAAUAUCUAGUGAUAAGUUUGUUACUUCUGGACUUAAUGCUGCAUAAUUCUCAGCUGUUAAUGUUCAUUAUGCUUUGACAAA